GGGAAAAAAGCAUGGCGGCCCCCAAGAUGAGCGUGGGUAAACCCACCGCGGACCGUUUACCGUGCAAUACCACCAGUUUUCAGAAGAAAUCACGAAGCAAACUAGUUUCAAUACCUGGCACAAGACCUUCGAUUCAAAACGGGCAACUUAUUGUUUCGACUGGUGUCACAUCUCUCGACUACGUGAUUGGUGGUGGUUUAGCAGUUGGAACCCUUCUACUCAUAGAGGAGGACCGAUAUGACAGCUACUCUCGUAUGCUGCUCAAGUACUUCCUGGCAGAGGGGGUGGUGUGUGGACAUGAACUCUACGUGGCGUCUGCUCUGGACCACCCCAAUGACAUCCUACAGGAACUCCCCGCCCCCAUCCUGGAUGACAUCGCCAGCCCCAAAACAGAGGACCAGGCAAAGUCAUGUGACCCUGAGAGUCAGGACGCCAUGAAGAUCGCCUGGCGCUACCAGCACCUGCCAAAAGUACAGGUAAAAACGGCCCUGGCGUCCUCGUCGAGGUUCGGACACUACUACGACGUCUCCAAGACAAUGGACCCUGAGUUCUGCCAGGCGGCCAGGUGCCACGGCUUCUACCUUCCAGAACACUCCACCGCUGUGACAUCACCCACCGCCACCACCCCCGGCCAGAGCCCUAUGCCAGAGACCUACUCCUCUCUGCUGAACAAUCUCCAGGAGGUCAUCCACAGGGAAGGCUUUGAUGGAACUGUCCCCCAGACCAAGUCACGGAACAUCCUACGGAUCGGGCUGCACUCCCUCGGCUCCGCCCUGUGGGAUGACGACCUGUGUUGCCGUGAAACCCCAAGCCACGGCCACGCCCUCACCACUUUCCUUUACGGCCUCCGGGCCAUGCUGAGGUCAUCGCUCUCUGUUGCUGUGGUUACCGUGCCCUCACACCUCAUCCAGAACAGAGCUCUGAUGGGCAAUAUAACCAGGUUGUGUGACACGGCCAUCGCUCUAGAGUCCUUCAGAGGCUCAGAGAGAGAGACCAACCCCCUGUACAAAGAUUACCACGGUCUGCUAGAUGUACGUCAGCUGCCCUAUCUGAACUGCCUGGUGUGUGAUCUGCCCGACAACAAGGACCUGGCCUUCAAACUCAAGAGGAAGCAGUUCUCCAUUGAGGUAGGCCUCUGCCACCACAACAACCCGCUCGAGCGUGUGGUUACGUAAUCUAGCAAACAAACAAGUGUCAUAUCCUGUUAUCUUUCACACACGCUGUCUUUCACACACUCUGUCUUUCACACACUCUGUCUUUCACACACUCUGUCUUUCACACA